AUGGGUCUUAAUGUUUAUUUAUCUUUUAAUGGAAAUUGUGAAGAAGCAAUGAAUUUCUAUAAAAAUAUUAUUAACGCACAAAUUGAAUCUAUACAGUAUUAUGAUGGUAUAUCAUGUGUUAAAUUUAGUGAAUCCUACAAAAGUAAAAUAGCUCACGGUGUUAUGUUUAUUAAUGGAACAAAAUUAAUGUGUGCAGAUGUGUGUGAGGAUAAGAAUUUAAAUGUUGGGAAUAAUUUUUCAUUGGCAUUAGAUUUUAAAAAUGUUGAAGAUAUGCAACGUAUGUUUGAUGCAUUAUCUACAAAUGAAGGAAAAAUAACUAUGCCAAUACAAGAUACAUUUUGGAAUGCAAAGUUUGGUAUGUGCACCGAUAAAUUUGGAAUUAAUUGGAUGUUUAAUUAUUGUAAGUCCCAAGCUUAA